AUGAACAGUGAGGAACAAUUAUCCACCACGUCCUUUUCCCAUCAACAGCAGUCUUUUUCUUCUUCUUCUAAUAAUAAUAAUACUAGUAUUUCAAACACAUCAAAAAUAAAACCUGCUACUGCAACUAUUAUUGAUUCUAUUUCCUCUGCAGCUAAAAACUCAAGCACUCCUACAAAUAUUUAUUACAACAUCAAAAAAGUUCCUAGCUCUUCAAUUACAAGAUCUUCGUUGAUUUCCGUUGAGAAUUACGCUCAAUCUGUAACAGAGCUUAACACUUUAUCAAGAUACAACGGACAGGACACCUAUUUUUAUUUAUUAAGACAAUUAGUAAUAGUAAUCAAUACUUUACCCAGAAAAAAUAAUAAUAUUGAGAUACUAAAACAUCUUUUAACUGAAAAAAUCGAAGAAAUUUCUAUUGAUCCGUUACUUUUAAAUAUAUUUCGUGAAGUAUUAAAUUCUAUUGAUAACAAAAGCUUGUUUAAAGAUUUUAAUUUGGAUAGCCUUUUGGGUAGCAAGGGAAUCAAUCUUCCGUUUGCUCUUUCCACGACUACAACUACUGUUAACUCAUUCAAUGAAGUGUUGGCUAAAUUAGGUGUUCAUUCAUCUGCAUCUGGUGAAAUCAUUAAAGAGGUUGAUGUUGCUCAUGCACUUGGUGUUAUGACUCUUACAACUGCUAAUCUUGAAGAUGAUAGUAGUAACAUUGCCUGGAAUCAAUCAAACGAUCUUUUCGAUAAUAAUAAUUCAAAUUGGAAUGUGGAAAUAUUUGUUUCGUCUUUAUCCGAACUGCAACCUCAUCUAGAUUGGGUAAAAGUUAUAAAACAAUUAGACUACCCCGAGUUUACUAUUAAAGAUACAAAGGGAGUUCAACUAAUUUUAACUGCUUUUAGAAAAGCAGCCAAGGAUCAGCAAAAAUUUCCAAUUCAUUUAUUUUGGGGCAGUUGGAGCAACCUUAAAGGACAAUUUAGUUUUUUACAUCAACUUAUACAACUUUCACCAGAUGCUUUCAAUAUUAAUGAUUAUCCUGUUCAAAAAGUUUUAACUAUUGAUGAUUUUCCUAAUUCUCCCACAAAUUCAAAAUCAUUGUCUGAAAUGUUGACAUCCUGUCCAUGGAAUUCACUUGAAUUAAUUGAAACGUUAAUAAAAAUGGCUGAUACUGAUUUAUUUGAAGAUGUUAGGGUCACUUUUGAACUAUCCAUUAAGCAAGCUCCAGAAUUAAUAUGUUUAGGUCUAGUUCAAAUUCAGAGACCAUGGAAUUCUUUACAUAUAGAAUUUGUUAAUAGAUUAUUAUCAACAUUUUUGACAGGUCAUCUUAAUUCAACAUUGGUGUUAUCUCGUAUAUGGAAUAUUGACAACAAUAUUUUUAUUGAAAAAGUUCAAUAUUUCUUGUUUACCAUUGAUUUAGCAGCUCUUGCAUCUAGAAGAGAAUAUCUAAACUUGGAAAAAUGGCUUCAAGAAAAAAUAAAUGAACACGGUGAAGCAUUUGUUCAUGAUUGUAUGGAGUUUCUUAAACAAAAGAUUACACUAGAAGUUACUCAUGAAACGAAUGGUAAUGAUCAAGCUGUUCGCUUAGCAGAUGAAGUUGUUCUUAAAUUUUUACGAGUUAUCUCCAAUAGUAACAUGACUCCAGAAAAUGAAGAGUACUUUAAAGAAAUUCGUAAAACAUUAGCACAAAUAUAUCCAUCUCUUAGUAUUAUUCCACUUGAUGGUAGUAUUCCUCCUCCAUUAGAACAAUCUUUUCCUGCUGAAAUUGAAGAGAUCGCCAAUCUAUAUUUUGAAAAAGUUUAUCGUCAAGAAAUAGAAAUUGAAGAUAUGAUUAAAGAUUUGCAAAGAUUAAAAAAUUCUCAGAACUCUCGAGAAUCUGAAAUUUUCUCUUGUAUGAUACACAAUCUAUUUGAUGAGUAUCAAUUUUUACCAAAAUACCCCCAAAGAGAAUUGAACCUAACUAGUAUCAUUUUUGGAUCUCUCAUUAAAUAUCAACUUGUAGGAUAUGUGGCACUUGGUGUUGCUCUACGAUAUAUACUAAGUGCCCUUAAGAAUCCUGUAGAUUCUAAAUUUUACAUUUUUGGAAUUCAAGCAUUAAUGCAAUUUCAAUCAAGACUUCUUGAAUGGCCACAAUACUGUUCACAUCUUUUACAAAUUCCACAAUUACAACAAUCUCAUCCAGAUAUUAUUCAAUAUGUUAAUUUUGAACAGCAACCUAUAAAAUUUCUUAACAAUAGUAUAAUUAAUGAUUCUAUGAAUAACCCUGAACAAUCAAAUAGAAUAAUUGAAAAACCAAUUUUUACGGCAUUAACUUUGGAUACACUUUUAGCAGCUGACAAAGCUGAUUACGAAAUUCCAAGCGAAGCAGUUCAAGAUAAAAUCCUUUUUAUUAUUAAUAAUGUUGCUCAAAGUAAUUUUGAAACUAAAGUUGCCGAAAUGAAAGAAAUUCUCAAAGAAUCACAUUAUAGAUGGUUUGCUAAUUAUUUGGUUGUUAAGAGGGCCAGUAUCGAAUUAAAUUAUCAUCAACUUUACCACCAAUUUCUUGAUGCUCUUGAAAUACCAGAACUUUAUCAUCAUAUUUUGCAUGAAACUUUUUCAAAUAUUAAGGUUCUAUUGAAUUCUGAAAAAACAGUCCAUUCUUCAUCUGAAAGGUCUUUAUUAAAAAAUCUUGGAUCAUGGCUUGGUGGUUUGACACUUGCCAGGAACAAACCUAUCAGGCAUAAAAAUAUAGCAUUCAAGGAAUUGCUAAUACAAGGUUAUGAUAGUAGUAGGUUGAUAGUAGCAAUUCCAUUCGUUUGUAAAGUUCUUGAACAAGCAGGAAAAAGUAAAGUUUUUAAACCGCCAAAUCCAUGGUUGAUGGCAAUUAUUAAACUCUUGGUGGAAUUGUAUCACAAUGCUGAAUUAAAACUAAAUUUGAAAUUUGAAGUUGAAGUUUUGUGCAAGAGUUUGAAUAUUGAGCUCAAAGAUAUCAAUCCAACAACUAUUCUCAAAGAUCGACCUCCCAAGGAAUCUGCUGUUUUACAAUCAGAAAGACCCCUAGCAGAAUGGCCUACAAAUAACUCUGUUAAGAUUGAACAUCAAAUACCUAGACCACCAAGCGUUACACUCACACCUAACCCACCAUCCUCAUUACCUUUGAAUGACGAUGUUAUUCCAAAUAUUUCUCAGUAUAUUACAUUCAACCCUACAUUAUCUAUAUUUGUUAAUCAACCAACAUUGAGGAAAAUUGUUUAUUUGGCUAUUGAUAGAGCGAUUAGAGAAAUUAUUGCUCCUGUAGUUGAACGAUCUGUUACUAUUGCAGGCAUUUCUACUCGUGAAUUGAUAUUUAAGGAUUUUGCUAUGGAACCAAAUGAAGAAAAAAUGCGUAAUGCUGCUCAUUUAAUGGUACAAAAUUUGGCAGGAAGCUUAGCCUUAGUUACAUGUAAAGAACCCCUUAAAAUCAGUAUGGCAACGCAUUUAAGGACUUUAUUUUUGCAACAUGGUUUUAGUGAGCAAAAUAACAUUGAACAAGCAAUUUUAAUUUUGGUUUCUGAUAACCUUGAGUUGGCAUGUUCAGUUAUUGAAAAAGCAGCAAUGGAUAAAGCGGUGCCUGAGAUUGAUGAAGCAUUAUCAACAACAUUUAGUAAUCGUAAGAAACAUAGAGAGAGAACUGGUCAAUCAUAUUAUGACAUGUAUCCUGGUGUUUCAAGAUAUGCUAAUAAUCUACCUGAUCCUUUACGUUUAAAACCUAAUGGUUUGCAGCCACAACAAUUACGUGUAUAUGAGGACUUUUCAAGAAUCCUGCGUUUCAAUCCAAUAUAUGAUGAACGUGUACCUAGACUGAAUAUGUCUAGACAAGAUUUUCAAAUUAAUAAUCCAUAUACUAUGCCGGAAAUGCCUUAUGAUUCUGCAGCAGCAAUUUCACAAGUCCCAAUGCAUAUUACUUUUGAAAAGUUUAUGCAAUAUCUUUCUGAAUUAGAUAAAUUAGUCAACAAAACACCACAAGCUUCUUGGGCUGCUUUACCACCUAAUCAUGAAAUAUGCAUCUUGGUCAAAGAAAUACCAAUCUUAGCAACUCAAACCUAUAACCGUGAUGAAACAGCUCUGAUGUUCUCACAAAAAGUCGUACAACUUUUAUACAAGAAUGAUUCUAAUUUUUCUCGAGAAGUUUAUGUUAUUUUACUUGAGAAACUCUGUGAAAUUUCUGUUAAAGUUUUCAAAGAAGUUACAGCAUGGUUGUUAUAUUCUGAUGACGAACGCAAAUUCAUUGUGCCUGUGGUUGUUUCUUUGAUCAAAGCUGGUCUUAUUAACGUUGCUGAUCAAGAUUUACAGCUUGCCAAAUUAAUUGAAAAUGGAAGGUCUGUUGUCAUAGACUUUACGACAAAAUUAAUUCAUGAAUGUGUUCUCAAAGAUCAACCUUGCGCUACUCGUAAUGAUUUUAUAUAUUCAUUGGAUGCUUUAACCCGACUUGCUCAAAGGGGUAAAGCAACUGAAGUUGUUAAACAAAUAUUGGAUGAUUUAUACCCUCCUCAAUGGAUCAGAGUUUAUCAGGAUCCAUCUUCGGGUGAAAAGACUUAUACUAGCUUUAUUCAGCUACAACAGCAAAGUGUAUUAAAAGGGGAAGAAAUAUCUUCAAUGUUCUUUAGAGUUUGUACUGAAAUUAGUAUAGAUAUUUACCUAAGACAAAGAUCAUCUCACCAAAAUACACCUGCUGUAGCUUAUCAAGCAAUUGAUGCCUUUUCUAAACUUAUUGUUCUUUUGGUGAAAUAUCACACAGACACUGAGGGUAUUGAUGAUAAUGUCGCAAAAAUUUCUUACCUGACAAAAAUAUUAUCAAUAAUUAUACUGAUUUUAGCACAAGCACAUGAACAACGUAGCCAACAAUUUAAUCAAAAACCAUUUUUCCGAUUCAACAAUACUUUUCAUACUUUACAACCCUCUUUUUUCCCUGGAUUCACCUUUGCAUGGUUUUCAUUGAUCUCACAUCGACUAUUCAUGCCGAAAUUAUUAUUAGCAGAAAAUCAAAAGGGAUGGUCUACUUUCCAUAAUUUACUCCUAUGCUUGUUUAAAUUUCUGGUUCCAUUUCUUCAAAAUGUUGAGAUGAGAGACACCACACGUUUAUUAUACAAAGGAACAUUACGUGUUUUACUUGUUUUGUUGCAUGAUUUCCCAGAAUUUCUUUCUGGUUAUCACUUGAGCUUUUGUGAUGUGAUUCCAUCAACAUGUAUUCAAUUAAGAAAUCUUAUAUUAAGUGCCUUCCCACGUACUAUGAGAUUGCCGGAUCCUUUUACACCAAACCUUAAAGUAGAUCUAUUGCCAGAAAUAUCACAACCACCAAUAAUUUUAUCAGAUUACUCUUCGGCUUUAAUAACACAUGGGCUUAAAGAUGAUGUUGAUGAGUAUUUAAAAUUACGUUCACCAAUUAGCUUUUCAAUGGAAUUGCAUGAUAAAUUAUUAUUGGAUCCUAGCCAACAAGAUACAGCUCUUAUUGUUUCCAAGUAUAAUAUACCACUCCUCAAUGCUCUUGUUCUUUAUGUUGGCAUUAAAGAUGUUUAUGAUAAUUUUCAAGGAACUUUAAUUACAACAAGCCCGUCUAUGGAUAUUUAUAAACAAUUAGUGGCUGAUCUUGAUCCAGAAGGCCGUUAUUAUUUUUUGAGUGCCAUUGCAAAUCAACUUCGAUAUCCCAAUAGUCAUACACACUACUUUAGUUGUGUUUUGUUAUAUAUUUUUGCAGAAGGCAAACAAGAGGGAAUCAAAGAACAGGUGACAAGAGUUUUAUUGGAAAGAUUGAUUGUGAACAGACCACAUCCAUGGGGGCUUUUAAUUACUUUUAUAGAAUUGAUCAAAAAUCCUUUGUAUAAUUUCUGGAGCCAUGCAUUUACAAGAUGUGCAGCAGACAUAGAACGUUUAUUUGAAAGUGUUAGCAGGUAA